AUGACCACGACGACCUUGCUGUGGCUCCUUUUUGCGAGCUCAGUACUUUCACAAGAUACCUUGCCAUCGCAAGACAACGUAACCGACUAUGCCCCAAGCGUCAAUGUGCAAUGUCCUGACCUUUCGACCACCUCUUUAAUUCGCGAAUUCACACCACAAAAUCAAACUCUUCAUCCUAAAGAGAUUGAGUACGUGAAUGGGAGAUAUAAUACCACAAUUCAAGACGCAUGGAACGCGUGGUUAGGCGAUGGGAGUGCCAUCGGUUAUAACACUUCAUCCUUUCAAGGCCACUUUCCAAAAGUCGGUCUUGCUGCACCCGGUGGUGGGCUUCGAGCGGCACAAUAUGCGGCUGCUUGUUUAAGUGCUAUCGAUUCCAGAAACGCGUCAUCGAAAGCUGCUGGUACAGGUGGUCUUCUGCAAGUGUCGUCGUAUAUGACAGGACUCUCUGGUGGGUCGUGGAUAACUGGUUCAUUGUUGUUCAACAACUGGCCCACAAUACCCGAUCUUGUCUAUGGGAAUGGCGGCACGCUUGACGGGUGGAAACUUGAUCUUCCGUUUGUCUCUCCAGAUGGAAAUGACGUUUUCUCGACAAAAAACCAGUACUUCUAUGGAAGUAUCCUUUGGAGUGUCAUCUCCAAAGCUCAAGCUGGAAUAGACACAAGCAUCACCGAUCCAUGGUCGCGAAUGAUUUCCUACCACUUUCUCAAUCAGACGACAAGAGGAAACUUCUUCACGAAUAGCACUGCGCACGGUGCCGGCCAACUUUGGUCCGACAUUCCCAACAUACCGGCCUACAAGCAAGGCCUGGUACCUUUCCCAAUAAUCGUUGCGAACGUCAGACCAGGGAAUGACAACUCGACCGGUGGUUUGGGUCUCGAGCCCACCGUUUAUGAGAUCUCUCCCUUCGAGUUUGGGUCAUACGACCCUAAUCUUUCUGCUGGAAUGAACCUGACCUAUGUUGGUACGCAUUUGACGAGCGGCAAAUCGGAAAACGGGUCGUCCUGUGUAAAAGGAUUCGAUCAAGCCGGAUUCGUCAUGGGUACAAGCGCCAGUCUUUUCAAUCAAAUUUUUGAUUUUGGUCAAAACACGCUGGCGAAGUUCGACUCAUCUGACAGUAAUUCGCUCGUCUACGUCCUCCAGCGACAGUUGCGCUCAGUCCGGACUCGUGCUGAUGAUGUCGCCAAUUGGCCAAAUCCCUUCCAUGGCAUCAAAGCCUCGACUUAUGAGGAUACGGGAACCACUUGGUUGUCACUUAUUGAUGGCUCGUCUAACUUGGAAAAUGUACCGUACGGUCCCUUGUUCGUCAAGGCCCGCGGCCUCGACGUCAUUGUAACGCUAGAAAAUAGCGCAGAUGACGCCAACAAUUGGCCAAAUGGGACCGGGCAGAUUUUCACAUCAUUGCGUCUCAGUAAAGUCCUACGAGCGACCCAUCAGCAAUUCCCUCCAAUCCCACAAACUCCCGAUGACUGGGUGUCGACCGGUGUUCGGCAGCGCGCGACAUUCUUUGGAUGUGACCCUGUUCAAACUCCCCCAGAAUACCCUCUGGUGAUUACACUGCCAAAUGCACCGCCGAUUACUGGCGCAGACCCUGUCACCAACACGGCCACCUUCCAAUUGACUUACCCGCUCAAGCACACACAACUGUUAAUGGAUCAAGUUCAUUUUAAUACUAUAUCAGGAUUCACCCCGAAUGCAAACACCCCGGAUCCCAAUUUUGGGUUGUGUCUGCAGUGCGCUUCUGUCGAUCGAGCGAGAGCGAGGACCACGCCUGUGCCGCCCCGAUCCGAUAUAUGCACCAAGUGCUUCAAGCAAUACUGCUACGAUCCGAAAAACCCACCCAGCCAAUCCGAAUUACCUAAUCGAAAACUCAAAUUCGUUGAUCCUACACCGCAAGGCCUCUCUAAACUCACGGGGUUCCUUGGGGACAAUAGAUUCAAGCUUUUAGGCGGACUGAUAGGACUGAUUGUGUUCAUUGCUGUGUUUUGUGGUGGCUUAAUAUGGUGGAAGAGGCGACAAGAUAAGCUCUUGGAGUACAAAGAAGUCAACCAGUUCCAUGAUGAUGCAGAUCGAGUUGUGCAAAUGUUGCUUCACCGCAAAGUCCAUAUGCUAGACAAGUCUACCGAGCGAAUGGUAAGCUUGGGCAAGGCGUUCGAUAAGCUGUCUCAGCUAGGCUGGUGUAUAGAAGCGCAAUCCGCUCAUAGGCGACAAGACAAUCUUUCAACAACAUCUCGAAGAAUGACGGCUGCGCUACCCAAGAAAAAGGCCGUCUUGCUUUCUACCAAAGAGAUAGAGACCACGAGUGCAUCCACCGCACGCCGUGUUAUGACGGUGUCCAAACCACAAGCCACACUCCAAACUUCUUCUUAUCGGCCGAUUUCUGACAAAGACUACGCCUAUUCGAAUGAACGGGUGCGUGAACGACCAGCGGCGAGACGUAUGGCGGCUCGUAAAAUUGAAAUCGACGAACCAUUGUCAUCUGGGAGUGAAGAAUCAAGCGAAGAGGAAUCAGAAUCGGAGUCGGAGUCAGAGUCAGAGUCAGAGUCAUCAAAUUCGGGUUCUGGCCAGGAGCAACUUGAAGAACAACCAGAAAAUGAAUAUGAAAUAGCUGAUGCUGAGUCCGACCAUGGAGCAAUGGAAGACGAAGAAAAGCCAGUUGAAAUCCCCCUUCCACCAGUCAUCGAUCUAACUGGCUAUCCUGACACUCCUCCCACUGUGUCUGCUACCCUUCCAAAUCCUGUUCCACCUCAAAUUCUCGCUGCCCUCGAGAACGUGACACUUCCCCUGAUAUAUAUAGACAAGUUGAAACGGUUACCGUUCUUGAAGCGCACACUACGACGAGGUUUCCAGCACUACUGUCAAGCCCAAUGUAUUCCUACUCAUCAACGUGGGUUACCUCGCGUCUCGGUCGUAUUUCGGAUUGCUGGCUCCGACGAUCUACCUCAUCAAGCAGACACUUCCUCAUUUGAGUGCCCCUUAUGCCACCUUUUUCGACCAUUUCAGACGAAGGAAAUGCUUCAGAUCCAUCUGGACAAUGGACACCCCGAUAUCAAGUAUUCCUUCGCCGAGACGGAGGCAAUGGUCAUUACAUUAGAACUGAUAUUACCCAGGAAGGGACAAGAACGGGACCUGCUUUCAAAAUCCAUCACUGCUCGUGACCCCAAUCAGCCGGCAGCCCGAUUUCCAUACCUCCCCGCUUGGUCCGAAUGGGGCGGCCCCAACAUCGCCUACUCUGCUCGACCUGAUGGACCCAAGCUGUACGACCUUUUAGGCAUGCUUCCCAUGGACGAUUACGGUGCUUUGGCGUGGACAGUCAUUGAGCGUGAAGAAGAGAUUUUCGAGAGCGACGAAAUUCCCGACACCGACAAAGUCAUGCAUGCUUUGUGGGCGCGUUGGAUUUUCUUCAACAGAAAUCUCUUCAUUGCUGAUUAUCACAAAGGAGUCGAGCACUUCAUCGAUGAAUAUUGGAGGAUGAUUCAACUUGCAGCUGGACUCGAUGCUUUACGCUUGUGGUUACUGAUGCUCAUGAGCACGAGAUUUCUGAAGGGAGGAGAGGUAGCAAUGCUCAUAAGGUACUAUAAGGCGAAGUUGGCAAAUCCACGUGCCCUCGUUGUGCGUGACCGUCACGCGUCUUGCUCAACUAUCGUUAUGCCACCCCGUCGUUCUAGUCGCGCACGGGCGUCGGUGGAACCACAACCAGAGCCAGCUCCUACGAAACGCAAGCGCGAAUAUCCUCACGAGAAGGAGAAUUUACAGACCAAGUCACGUUCCAAACUACCGGAGGUUGUCAACGAGGAGCCAGAAGAAGAUUCUCCUCCACCUGUGAAGAAGUCCCGACCAUCUCUCGAUCCUGAAAGUGAUGUCGACGAGAGACCUCCGCCAAGGACACGCAAAUCUCGAAAGCCAGUCGCUCCACCCAGCGAUUCAGAGGAAGAGGAUGAGCAAGUAGAGGUCCCCAAGAGCAAGAAACGUGUCGUUAAACGUGCUGUGGUGUCUGAUGAUGAAGACCAGGAUAUACCAGCAAUAUCCGAUGCUGACUCGGAUGAGGACGUGAAGCCGGCUCCUAAGAAGGGCAAAGCAAAGGCGAAACGCGUUUCCAAGCCCAAGGCGCCCGCCAAAGCAAAACCAACAGGGUCUGCCCCAAAGCCUCCCCCCACCCCGAUAAAACCACCAGCUCCGGUAGACGAAGAUGAGAGUGGGGAGGAGGAACACAUCGUCAUAGAGAAACCACCCAUGCCAACUCCGGCACAACUUGCGCAGACGAUAGUCGAUGAACCUACCGGCCCCAAAUCACGUCUGAUGAUACACAAACUGGCCUUGGUGAAUUUCAAGAGUUAUGCGGGCCGUCAGGAGAUUGGUCCGUUUCACAAGAGCUUUUCUGCGAUUGUUGGUCCCAACGGUUCCGGCAAAUCUAAUACCAUAGACGCUCUUCUGUUUGUAUUUGGGUAUCGGGCCUCCAAAAUGCGACAAGGCAAACUGAGCGAGUUGAUUCAUAACUCGUCUCUCCAUCAAGACUUUGAUGAAUGUAGUGUCGAAGUCCAUUUUCGAGAAAUCAUAGAUCUGCCUGGGCCUGAUGACUUCGAGGUUGUCCCCGAUUCCCAGCUCGUUGUUACUCGGACAGCGUUCAGGAACAACACCAGCCGAUAUACCAUCAAUGGACGCAACAGUACCUUCACGGAGGUUCAGACUCUUCUCAAAGGUCGUGGUAUCGAUCUUGACCACAAACGCUUUUUGAUCCUCCAGGGAGAAGUCGAGUCGAUCGCACAAAUGAAGCCCAAAGGAUCUACUGAACACGAAGACGGACUUCUAGAAUAUCUCGAAGACAUCAUUGGGACUUCUUCAUACGUGACGCCUAUUUCUGAAUCCAUGGCUCAACUUGAGGUGUUACAAGAAGAGCGUGCAACCAAACUCCAGCGGCUGCGAAUUGUAGAGAAGGAAAGGAAUUCGCUUCGAGACAAGAAACUGGAGGCAGAGCAUUAUCUCAGACUCCAAAACGAGAAAACUCGCGCGCAAAGUCGUCUGUGGCAAUGGUACUUGUGGCAGUCGUUUGUCGCGGAGGAAGAAACUACUCAUGAAGUUAAACAAUUUGAGGCGGACCUGGCUGCAGAACAAGAAAAGAACAAGGACGAUAUCAGCCAUUACGAACUCCUCAAAGUGGACUUCGAGGAGCGGAAAAAGGCGUUCAAGGCAUGCUCGGUCGUCCAAGAGAAAGCCGUAACUGUCACGCAAGAAAUGGCUCAGAAGCAGAAACAACAAGUGCAACUUGAAGAGCGCAUGAAGCAUGCCAACGGCAGGGUAAAGAAACUGAAAAAAACGCUCGCCGAUGAUAAGAGUGCUUUCAAUGCGGCGCAACAGACCAUCAAGGAUAGUAUCGAGAAGGCUCACAAGGAGCGAGCCAAGCUCGAUGAGCACGAAGGGUCACUAGCCAAGGAGGAGAAGAUUCUUGAAGGAAUCAUCGACAACCUCAAAGACAAGACCCAAGGUUUCCAUGAUCAAAUCGAAGCCAAGCAGAAGGAGCUGCAACCAUGGACUGGCAAGAUCGAUGCGAAGCGAGCUGAGGUUGACGUUGCUACCAGUGAACGUGACGCUCUUGUCAAGAAGGCGAAAUCUGCUCAGGAGGCUAUGGACCAGGCUGCUGCUAACCUCGAGGAGCUGGAAACAGCGCAGGAGGCGAAAGCAACUCAACUUGAAAAGCUUAAAUCGGACAAGAAAGAACAACAAAGUGCGAUCGCGGAUGCAGAGAAAACAUUUCAAACCGCUCAACAUAGCAUACAAGAAUGGCGGAAUAAAGUCUCAGCUGCCCGCCAAAAGGUAGCCGAAGCCAGACACUCCGCGGCCGAAAACACAUCGCAGAACAAAGUUGUCGACGGUUUAACACGAUACAAGAAUACGGGUCGUAUUUCUGGCUUCCACGGACGACUAGGAAGUUUGGGAACUAUUCCAGACAAGUACGAUGUGGCGAUUUCUACAGCCUGUCCGACGCUCCAUCACAUGGUAGUCGACCAAGUUGAUCAAGCUCAAGCUUGCAUUCAGUACCUUCGCGAUCAGAAUCUCGGUCGCGCGACGUUCAUGGUGCUGGAAAAGUACAGGGAGGAGGGCAUGGACAAGAUCCAAACUCCGGAGAAUGUACCCCGACUAUUUGACCUUGUGAAGGUGAAAGAACCUCGCUUCGCCAAAGCCUUUUUCAAGGCGCUGGGAAAUACGCUUGUCGCAGAGAACAUGGAGCAAGCAAAUCGAAUUGCCUUUGGGGCUCGGAGGUGGCGCGUUGUCACACUCUCUGGUCAGCUCAUUGAAACCACGGGUGCCAUGUCGGGAGGUGGGAAUCAACAAGCUCGUGGCGCUAUGAGUUCCAAGUUCGCUCCUGAUGCUGUGAGUCCCGAAGUCUUGCGCGGCUUGGAGGCGACUCUGGCCGACGCCGAAAAGCAACUCGAUGCCAUUUCGCGCAACGCUCAGGCUGCUGAAGCCGACCUAGAAAAACUACGACGAGGACUCCCUGAAUUGGAGACUACGUUCCAGAAACUAGGCAUGGAUAUUCAGAUUGGCAAAACCCGCAUCUCUGAAGCGACGAAGCGUGUUUCUGACCUCAAGUCUCAAAGCAAGUCCAAAGGUGAUGCUGCCACACGCAUUGCACAACUGGAAGGGAGCAUCAACAAGUCGCAGUCCGAACUUGACGAUUUGAUGGAGAAGACCACGAAAAUCAAGGACGCGAUUGCCAGCCUGGAGCAGAAAAUUCUCGAUAUUGGUGGCUCGAAACUCGUCGCGCAGAAAUCCAAGGUGUCUGGUCUGAAGCUCCAUAUCGAGCUGGCCAACCAGGAGAUCGUCAAGGCCGAGGUUGCCAAGACCAAGGCGGAGAAGGACCAAGGAAAGCUUGAGAAUGCUGUGGCCGCGAAUAGCACCAGUCUUGAGGAGGCUCAGGGCGAAGCGGAUGCUUUGAAGCAGGAAAUUGACGCCUUGGUUAAAUCCAUCGAAAAACUUCAAGGCGCUGUUGAUGAAGCAAAAGCGAUCGCUGAAGAGGCCAAAGACCGCCUCGAACAGCUGAAGCAGGAUCUUGACGAACAAGAGGAACUGAUACAAGGCUUCAAAAAGAGACAAAUGGAAUUGCAGCAACAUCUGAAUGCCGCGAUCAAGAAGCGGGAUGCGUUUACCGAGAAGGUGGACCAUUGGCGGGAACAACUGGAGACUCUCAAAUUGGAGGAGAUCGAGGAGGAUGAUGAGGACGACGAGCCUGAGGGCGACGAGGAAAACAAGUCGCAGUCGGCGGCUCCUACAGAAGCCAAUACCGAAACUGAUGUCAAGAUGGAGGAGGAUGGCGACGAAUCACAAGUGUCGUCGAAACGAGCUGCACAGUCCACCGAACUCCACUCGUACAAGGCAGAUGAGCUCUCCAAGUUUAAACAAAGAGAAAUGUUGGCCGAUGUGGAACUGCUUGAUGAAAAACUCAAGAAGAUCAAGCCUGAUCUCGAAGUGCUCGCGGAAUACAAAGAGCGCCAGAAACAGUUCCUGGAACGGGUUGGCGAGCUCGAGGUAACAACAAAGGCUCGCGAGGCAGAGAAGCAGAAUUACGACGGCCUGCGGAAGCGGCGUUUGGACGAAUUUAUGGCUGGAUUCACCCUUAUAUCUCUGAAACUGAAAGAGAUGUACCAGAUGAUCACGCUUGGAGGCAACGCAGAGCUGGAACUCGUCGACAGCAUGGACCCGUUCUCAGAGGGGAUCAUUUUCAGCGUCAUGCCGCCCAAAAAGAGCUGGAAGAACAUUUCGAAUCUCUCUGGUGGCGAAAAGACACUGAGUUCUUUGGCUCUCGUAUUUGCUCUCCACGUGUUCAAACCUACUCCUCUGUACUUUAUGGACGAGAUCGACGCCGCGCUUGACUUCCGCAAUGUCUCUAUUGUCGCCAACUACAUCAAAGACAGGACAAAGAAUGCUCAGUUCAUUAUCAUCUCACUGCGAAACGACAUGUUCGAGUUGAGCCACCGACUAAUUGGAAUCUACAAGACGUCCAAUGCUACACGAAGCAUUUCUAUCGACAACCACUCCCUCCAUUCCACUAUUCCGGCGUAG